AUGCCUGGCUUCUUGGACAGCAUUGCCACCAUCAUUGGCCUCUUCCACAAGCAUGCAAAGGAAGAUGGAGGCUGCUCCAGCCUCAGCAGGAGGAGGAUGAAGGAGCUCAUUGAGGAGGAGUUUGCAGAUGUCAUAGCUAAGCCACACGACCCUCAGACGGUUGAGAAGAUUCUGCAGUUCCUGGAGUGGGAUGGGGAUGGGAAAAUCGAUUUCACCGAGUACCUGCUCUUGGUGUUCAAAGUGGCCAGGGCCUGCUACUGGUACCUGCCCAAGGGCCCAACCCUGCUGCAAAGAACCAAGUUGACAACCACCAGCAAGUCCCUCCAGGAAGCUGAAAUCAAGAGCAGAGGGAGCCGUCGGCAGCUCCAGGAGGAAGAAGAAGGAACCCAGGAGAGCAACCACCCCCGGUGUGAACCAGAGCUGCAACGAGGCACCAGGGUCAACGAGCUGGAGAGGCUUGAGGCAACGAGGGGGCAGCACCAGCAACGUAACCAACACAGCAGAGACGACACCAAAAGAAGCAACGAGCAGGAGGAGUUCCGAGAAGAACGCAGCCAGGAGCCACGGGACCAGAGGAGACGUCAGCCUCCAGAGCCAGCCCAAGGAGAGGCACAGCUCAGCAGGAACAGCAGCAGAGCACAGCAAGCUGGGCUGCAGGAAGAGGAGAGGCCACAGCUAGAAAGGCUUCGUCCAGAGGAGCUGCGAGACGUGAGGAGGUGCAGCCGGGGCUGUGAGCCUCAACCACGGCAGGACCGGUGGGGUGGCCUUGGGCCACAGGAACCAGCGUGGCCAGCACAGCAUCAAAGGAGCCAAUGGCCACAGGAAGCAGAUAGAAUAAGGUCCAACCAGCCACGUAGAGAACAGAGAAGCCGCUACCUGCUACGUGAGCUGGGCCAAAGAUCAGCUGAAGGCAGCAGCCGGCAGACGGAGAGCCUGGCCCGGAGACGCCCACACCAGGCACGCCUGGAGGAGCCGCUAGAGCUCGACCGCAGCUGCUGUGAGCCAGAAAGAGAAGUCCCGGAGCGGGAGGAGGUCCAGCAACACGAGGAUGAAUAUGAGGAAAGCGAGAGAGAAAUCUGUGAGGAUCAGCAGUGGGAGGAACGAGAUGAUGGAAGGAGGAGGGAGAGGAGGAGGGAGAGGAGGAGCGACGAGGAACGGGAGCUGGACCUGGAGGGUUAUGAACAGCAGAGCCGGGAGACACGGGAGAGGGAAGAGCAACGAUCCAGGAGAGAGAGCAGGGAUGGAGAAAGGAGACAACAAGAGUCAGUGAGGUACGAGAGGACACGAGAGGCUGAGAGAGCAACAGCUGAGGCUCAUGUCAAGAUCCAUCGUGAAUCCCGGGAGCUGGAGCCAAUUGAGGAAAUUGAGGAAAGGAGGGACCGGGGCCGUGUCCGUGAAGAACCUGACAGGAGGAUCAGAAGGGAACGAGAGAGGAGAAUCGACCGGGAAUGGGAGCUGGACCUGGAGGGCUAUGAACGCCAGAGCCGGGAAAGAAGAGAAAGGGAAGAACGAGGAGUCAGGAGAGAGAGCAGGGAUGGAGAAAGGAGACAGCGAGAGUCAGUGAGGUACGAGAGGACACGAGAGGCUGAGAGAGCAGCAGCUGAAGCUGAUCUGAGGAUCCAAGAGGAGUCCCGGGAGCUGGAGCCAGUUGAGGAGGUUAUUGAAGGAAGGGACCGGGACCGUGUCCGUGAAGAUCUAGAGGAUGAGAGGAGGAUCAGAAGGGAACGAGAGAGGGCAGAGCCUAGCCGAGAGAGGCGAGAAAGUGAAGAGCAACGAUCCAGGACCAUCCAGAGAGACAGACGAGAGCCUGGAGAUGGUGAAAGAAGACAACGAGAGUCAGUGAGGUACGAGAGGACACGAGAGGCUGAGAGAGCAGCAGCUGAAGCUGAUGUCAAGAUCCAUCGUGAAUCCCGGGAGCUGGAGCCAAUUGAGGAGGUUGUUGAAGGAAGGGACCGGGACCGUGUCCGUGAAGAUCUAGAGGAUGAGAGGAGGAUCAGAAGGGAACGAGAGAGGGCACAGCUUGUACAGGAGAGGAGAAUCGACCGGGAACGGGAGCUGGACUUGGAGGGCUAUGAAUUCCAGAGCCGGGAGACACAAGAGAGGGAAGAGCAACGAUCCAGGAGAGAGAGCAGGGAUGGAGAAAGGAGACAACAAGAGUCAGUGAGGUACGAGAGGACACGAGAGGCUGAGAGAGCAACAGCUGAGGCUCAUGUCAAGAUCCAUCGUGAAUCCCGGGAGCUGGAGUCAAUUGAAGAAGCUGAGGAAAGAAGGGACCGGGGCCGUGUCCGUGAAGAACCUGACAGGAGGAUCAGAAGGGAACGAGAGAGGAGAAUCGAUCGGGAACAGGAGCUGGACCUGGAGGGCUAUGAACGCCAGAGCCGGGAAAGAAGAGAAAGGGAAGAACGAGGAGUCAGGAGAGAGAGCAGGGAUGGAGAAGGCAGACAGCGAGAGUCAGUGAGGUACGAGAGGACACGAGAGGCUGAGAGAGCAGCAGCUGAAGCUGAUCUGAGGAUCCAAGAGGAGUCCCGGGAGCUGGAGCCAGUUGAGGAGGUUGUUGAAGGAAGGGACCGGGACCGUGUCCGUGAAGAUCUAGAGGAUGAGAGGAGAUCAGAAGGGAACGAGAGAGGGCAGAGGUUGUGCGGGAGAGGAGAAUCGACCGGGAACGGGAGCUGGACCUGGAGGUCCCGGGAGCUGGAGCCAGUUGAGGAGGUUGUUGAAGGAAGGGACCGGGACCGUGUCCGUGAAGAUCUAGAGGAUGAGAGGAGAAUCAGAAGGGAACGAGAGAGGGCAGAGGUUGUGCGGGAGAGGAGAAUCGACCGGGAACGGGAGCUGGACCUGGAGGCAGCUGAAGCUGGUGUCAAGAUCCAUCGUGAAUCCCGGGACCUGGAGCCAAUUGAGGAAGCUGAGGAAAGGAGGGACCGGGACCGUGUCCGUGAAGAACCUGACAGGAGGAUCAGAAGGGAACGAGAGAGGAGAAUCUAUCGGGAACGGGAGCUGGACCUGGAGGGCUAUGAACGCCAGAGCCAGGAAAGAAGAGAAAGGGAAGAACGAGGAGUCAGGAGAGAGAGCAGGGAUGGAGAAGGCAGACAGCGAGAGUCAGUGAGGUACGAGAGGACACGAGAGGCUGAGAGAGCAGCAGCUGAAGCUGGUGUCAAGAUCCAUCGUGAAUCCCGGGAGCUGGAGCCAAUUGAGGAGGUUGUUGAAGGAAGGGACCGGGACCGCGUCCGUGAAGAUCUAGAGGAUGAGAGGAGGAUCAGAAGGGAACGAGAGAGGGCACAGCUUGUACAGGAGAGGAGAAUCGACCGGGAACGGGAGCUGGACCUGGAGGGCUAUGAAUUCCAGAGCCAGGAGACACAAGAGAGGGAAGAGCAACGAUCCAGGAGAGAGAGCAGGGAUGGAGAAAGGAGACAACAAGAGUCAGUGAGGUACGAGAGAACACGAGAGGCUGAGAGAGCAACAGCUGAGGCUCAUGUCAAGAUCCAUCGUGAAUCCCGGGAGCUGGAGUCAAUUGAAGAAGCUGAGGAAAGGAGGGACCGGGGCCGUGUCCGUGAAGAACCUGACAGGAGGAUCAGAAGGGAACGAGAGAGGAGAAUCGAUCGGGAACAGGAGCUGGACCUGGAGGGCUAUGAACGCCAGAGCCGGGAAAGAAGAGAAAGGGAAGAACGAGGAGUCAGGAGAGAGAGCAGGGAUGGAGAAAGGAGGCAGCGAGAGUCAGUGAGGUACGAGAGGACACGAGAGGCUGAGAGAGCAGCAGCUGAAGCUGGUGUCAAGAUCCAUCGUGAAUCCCGGGAACUGGAGCCAAUUGAGGAAGCUGAGGAAAGGAGGGACCGGGACCGUGUCCGUGAAGAACCUGACAGGAGGAUCAGAAGGGAACGAGAGAGGAGAAUCGAUCGGGAACGGGAGCUGGACCUGGAGGGCUAUGAACGCCAGAGCCGGGAAAGAAGAGAAAGGGAAGAACGAGGAGUCAGGAGAGAGAGCAGGGAUGGAGAAGGCAGACAGCGAGAGUCAGUGAGGUACGAGAGGACACGAGAGGCUGAGAGAGCAGCAGCUGAAGCUGGUGUCAAGAUCCAUCGUGAAUCCCGGGAGCUGGAGCCAAUUGAGGAGGUUGUUGAAGGAAGGGACCGGGACCGUGUCCGUGAAGAUCUAGAGGAUGAGAGGAGGAUCAGAAGGGAACGAGAGAGGGCAGAGGUUGUGCAGGAGAGGAGAAUCGACCGGGAACGGGAGCUGGACCUGGAGGGCUAUGAAUUCCAGAGCCGGGAGACACAAGAGAGGGAAGAGCAACGAUCCAGGAGAGAGAGUAGGGACGGAGAAAGGAAACAACAAGAGUCAGUGAGGUACGAGAGGACACGAGAGGCUGAGAGAGCAACAGCUGAGGCUCAUGUCAAGAUCCAUCGUGAAUCCCGGGAGCUGGAGUCAAUUGAAGAAGCUGAGGAAAGAAGGGACCGGGGCCGUGUCCGUGAAGAACCUGACAGGAGGAUCAGAAGGGAACGAGAGAGGAGAAUCGAUCGGGAACAGGAGCUGGACCUGGAGGGCUAUGAACGCCAGAGCUGGGAAAGAAGAGAAAGGGAAGAACGAGGAGUCAGGAGAGAGAGCAGGGAUGGAGAAGGCAGACAGCGAGAGUCAGUGAGGUACGAGAGGACACGAGAGGCUGAGAGAGCAGCAGCUGAAGCUGAUCUGAGGAUCCAAGAGGAGUCCCGGGAGCUGGAGCCAGUUGAGGAGGUUGUUGAAGGAAGGGACCGGGACCGUGUCCGUGAAGAUCUAGAGGAUGAGAGGAGGAUCAGAAGGGAACGAGAGAGGGCAGAGCCUGUGCGGGAGAGGAGAAUCGACCGGGAACGGGAGGUAGACCUCGAGGGCCACGAACGCCAGAGCCGAGAGAGGCGAGAAAGUGAAGAGCAACGAUCCAGGACCAUCCAGAGAGACAGACGAGAGCCUGGAGAUGGUGAAAGAAGACAACGAGAGUCAGUGAGGUACGAGAGGACACGAGAGGCUGAGAGAGCAGCAGCUGAAGCUGAUGUCAAGAUCCAUCGUGAAUCCCGGGAGCUGGAGCCAAUUGAAGAAGCUGAGGAAAGGAGGGACCGGGACCGUGUCCGUGAAGAACCUGACAGGAGGAUCAGAAGGGAACGAGAGAGGAGAAUCGAUCGGGAACAGGAGCUGGACCUGGAGGGCUACGAACGCCAGAGCCAGGAAAGAAGAGAAAGGGAAGAACGAGGAGUCAGGAGAGAGAGCAGGGAUGGAGAAGGCAGACAGCGAGAGUCAGUGAGGUACGAGAGGACACGAGAGGCUGAGAGAUCAGCAGCUGAGGCUCACGUCAAGAUCCAUCGUGAAUCCCGGGAGCUGGAGCCAAUUGAAGAAGUUGAGGAAAGGAGGGACCGGGGCCGUGUCCGUGAGGAUCUAGAGGAUGAGAGGAGGAUCAGAAGGGAACGAGAGAGGGCACAGGUUGUACAGGAGAGGAGAAUCGGUCGGGAACAGGAGCUGGACUUGGAGGGCUAUGAAUUCCAGAGCCGGGAGACACAAGAGAGGGAAGAGCAACGAUCCAGGAGAGAGAGCAGGGAUGGAGAAAGGAGACAGCAAGAGUCAGUGAGGUACGAGAGGACACGAGAGGCUGAGAGAGCAGCAGCUGAAGCUGGUGUCAAGAUCCAUCGUGAAUCCCGGGAGCUGGAGCCAAUUGAAGAAGCUGAGGAAAGGAGGGACCGGGGCCGUGUCCGUGAAGAACCUGACAGGAGGAUCAGAAGGGAACGAGAGAGGAGAAUCGACCGGGAACGGGAGCUGGACCUAGAGGACUACGAACGCCAGAGCCGGGAAAGAAGAGAAAGGGAAGAACGAGGAGUCAGGAGAGAGAGCAGGGAUGGAGAAAGGAGACAGCGAGAGUCAGUGAGGUACGAGAGGACACGAGAGGCUGAGAGGGCAGCAGCUGAAGCUGGUGUCAAGAUCCAUCGUGAAUCCCGGGAGCUGGAGCCAAUUGAGGAGGUUGUUGAAGGAAGGGACCGGGACCGUGUCCGUGAAGAUCUAGAGGAUGAGAGGAGAAUCAGAAGGGAACGAGAGAGGGCAGAGCCUGUGCGGGAGAGGAGAAUCGACCGGGAACGGGAGCUGGACCUGGAGGCAGCUGAAGCUGGUGUCAAGAUCCAUCGUGAAUCCCGGGACCUGGAGCCAAUUGAGGAAAUUGAGGAAAGGAGGGACCGGGGCCGUGUCCGUGAAGAUGUAGAGGAUGAGAGGAGGAUCAGAAGGGAACGAGAGAGGGCAGAGGUUGUGCGGGAGAGGAGAAUCGAUCGGGAACGGGAGCUGGAAAUUUCUGAGAGCCAAAGACGAGGUAGCAGUGAAAGAGAAGAACGAGCCAGGGCCAGCCAGAGGGACUCCCGUGAGAGCAGCAGGCUCCAGAUAAUCGAGGAAGAGCAGGAAGUUGACUUCGUCCAACGCCGUCAGGCAGCUGAGUUACGACGUGAAGUGUCUGAGGCAGAGGAGGGACAGAGGACCCGCAGGCUUCUACGGGAGGAAGAAGCAGCUGAGGCAGACAGCAGCUGGAUCCGUGAGGAUGAAGGACGACGACGUGAGAGGAGCCUCUACCAAACCGUGGAUGUGGAUACCAGGGACCUCUCCCUGCCGGGCAACCAGGCACCGGUCAGUGACCUGCGGGUCCGUUACAUCCCCGCCGAGCCUGACGUGCAGCCAGAGGUGAGGGUCCUGCCCCAGCCUUGCGACCCUCAGACCAUAGCCUACCUGGUCCACGUCAUCCAGAACGUGAACGAUCCUGAAGCCACCACCUAUGAGAUCGUUUGCCACCAGCCCCACGACCCGGAGCAGCCUCUCUACGUGAAGAAGUGCCAGGUGUCAGCCAAGCCACCAGCAGCUCCCUGCGAUGCCAACAGCCCCCCGGAGCCACAGCCCCAAAGGGAUGAGGGAGAAACGGAGGAGCUCGAACCCCUGCGGCAAGAGGACCCCCCAGCUUCCAGCUCCCGGGAAAACCCAGAGGAUCUCGAAGAGCCACAGGAGAGAACCGAAAGAGGGGUGAAGGAAGGGGCUCCCCGGGCUUCUGCCACCGAGCUGGGGGCUGCUAAGGCUGACCCUGGCCGGGCAAAGACCAAGGAGGACCGGAGGGACAGGCAGCGCCCCGAGGUGCCCAGCGCAGAGGAGAGGCAGCAGCAGCCCCAGGGAGAUGGAUCAAAGGCUGCCAGGGAGAGGGUCCUGCGGGAGCCUGAACCCAGCUGCCAGGUGAGGGAUCGUGAGGACAGGGAGGCCAAGGACUGCCCACCUCCGCCCCAGGCUGCGGAGCCACGGGAAGCCGGCCAGCAGAGCCGGAGAGUUGCCGACGAGAGCCGAGCUCAGCCGGCGCGGAGGGACGGAGCCAGCCGCGGCCGAGAGGUUGCGGAGCUUCCUCCUGCCGAGAGGAGCAACCAGACCCGGCAGGAGAGCGCCAGGAGGAGCCCCUGGGCAGACAGCGAUGCUCAGCGGGAGGAAGAGCCCCGUCCGGGCACCAAGCAGAGCCAGGGCCCCUCCGGCACCCCACAGGAGGCACCGAGCCGUGCGACCAAGGAUGCAACCAAAGCUUCUUGA